AAAGGCAAACAGGAAGGACUGCCCCCUGAGCGCUGGGCUCGGGCCCGGGAAUCUCGGCCGCUCCGCCAAGCUGUAGCUCGGGCCCGAGGGGUAAGCAAGCGAGCCGGGCGAGUGUGGGGGAGCAAGCAAGGGCCCGGGAAGAGCCCCCCGCGGGCCCCCACGCUCGCACCUCCCUCCGGGCCUCGGGGCGCCCGGGCCGACCCUCUGCAGCCGCCGCGAUGAAGGCGGGCUCGGGGGACCAGGGGAGCCCCCCGUGUUUCCUGCGCUUCCCGCGGCCCGUGCGGGUGGUAAGUGGCGCCGAGGCCGAGCUCAAGUGCGUGGUGCUGGGCGAGCCGCCGCCCACCGUGGUGUGGGAGAAAGGCGGGCAGCAGCUGGCGGCCUCGGAGCGCCUGAGCUUCCCCGAGGACGGCGCGGAGCACGGCCUGCUGCUGAGCGGCGCGCUGCCCACCGACGCCGGCUGGGUGCUGCGGGGGGCGGAGGUGGUGCUGACGUGCCAGGUGGGGGGCCUCCCCGAGCCCACGCUGUACUGGGAGAAGGACGGGAUGGCGCUGGACGAGGUGUGGGACAGCAGCCACUUCGCGCUGGAGCCGGGCCGCGCCGUGGGUGGCCCGGGCGUGCGCCUGGCGCUGCGCAUCCCGGCGGCGCGGCUGCCCGACUCGGGCGUCUACGUGUGCCACGCCCGCAACGCGCACGGCCACGCGCAGGCCGGCGCGCUGCUCCAGGUGCAGCAGCCCCCCGACAGUCCCCCCGACGACCCCGACGAGCCGCCCGGCCCCGUGGUGGAGCCGCUCAAGUGUGCGCCCAAGACCUUCUGGGUCAACGAGGGCAAGCACGCCAAAUUCCGCUGCUACGUGAUGGGCAAGCCCGAGCCCGAGAUCGAAUGGCACUGGGAGGGCCGCCCGCUGCUCCCCGACCGCCGCCGCCUCAUGUACCGCGACCGCGACGGCGGCUUUGUGCUCAAGGUGCUCUACUGCCAGGCCAAGGACCGCGGGCUCUACGUCUGCGCCGCCCGCAACUCGGCGGGCCAGACGCUCAGCGCCGUGCAGCUGCACGUCAAAGAGCCCCGCCUCCGAUUCACCAGACCCCUGCAGGAUGUGGAGGGGAGAGAGCAUGGGAUCGCAGUGCUGGAGUGUAAAGUACCCAACUCCAGAAUCCCCACAGCCUGGUUCCGCGAGGACCAACGACUGCUGCCCUGCCGCAAGUACGAGCAGAUCGAGGAGGGCACUAUCAGGCGCCUCAUCAUCCACAGGCUGAAGGCAGAUGAUGAUGGCAUCUACCUGUGUGAGAUGCGGGGUCGAGUGCGCACCGUGGCCAACGUGACAGUCAAAGGCCCCAUUGUCAAGAGGCUGCCCCGCAAGCUCGAUGUCCUGGAGGGAGAGAAUGCUGUGUUGCUGGUGGAGACUCAAGAGGCUGGGGUUGAGGGCUGCUGGAGCCGAGAUGGGGAGGAGCUGCCGGCUACUUGCCAGAGCAGCUGUGGCCACAUGCAUGCCCUGGUUCUUCCAGGGGUGACCCGAGAAGAUGCUGGCGAGAUCACCUUUAGCCUGGGCAACUCCCGUACCACCACUCUGCUCAGAGUCAAAUGCAUCAAGCACAAUCCUCCGGGCCCCCCAGUGUUGGUUGAGAUGUUCAAGGGCCAUCAGAACACGGUCCUGUUGACCUGGAAACCACCUGAGCCACCCCCUGAGACCUCCUUCAUCUACCGGCUGGAGAGACAGGAAGUGGGCUCUGAAGACUGGAUCCAGUGCUUCAGCAUUGAGAAAGCUGGAGCCGUGGAGGUGCCAGGGGACUGCGUGCCCUCGGAGGGAGACUACCGCUUCCGUGUCUGCACCGUCAGUGAACAUGGCCGGAGUCCCCACGUUGUGUUCAAUGGUUCUGCUCACCUCGUGCCCACAGCUCGCCUGGUGAAAGGGCUAGAGGAUGUGCAGGUAUACGAUGGGGAAGAUGCUGUCUUCUCCUUGGAUCUCUCCACCAUCAUCCAGGGCACCUGGUUCCUUAAUGGGGAAGAGCUCCAGAGUAAUGAGCCGGAGGGCCAGGUAGAGCCUGGGGCCCUCCGGUAUCGAAUGGAACAGAAGGGCCUGCAGCACAGACUCAUCCUGCAGGCUGUCAAGCACCAGGACAGUGGGGCCCUGGUUGGCUUCAGCUGCCCUGGCGUACAGGACUCGGCAGCCCUCACCAUCCAAGAGAGCCCAGUGCACAUCCUGAGUCCCCAGGACAAAGUAUCAUUGACCUUCACGACCUCGGAGCGGGUGGUGCUGACCUGUGAGCUCUCACGGGUGGAUUUCCCAGCAACCUGGUACAAGGAUGGGCAGAAAGUUGAGGAGAAUGAGUCGCAAGUGGUGAAGAGGGAUGGGCGCAAACACCGUCUGAUCCUGCCUGAGGCCUGUGUCCAAGACAGCGGCGAGUUUGAAUGCAGAACAGAAGGAGUCUCAGCGUUCUUCAGCAUCACUGUUCAAGACCCCCCCGUACAUAUCGUGGACCCCCAGGAGCAUGUAUUUGUACAUGCCAUCACCUCUGAAUGUGUCAUGCUGACCUGUGAGGUGGACCGAGAGGACGCCCCUGUGUGCUGGUACAAAGACGGGCAGGAGGUGGAGGAAAGUGACUUCAUGGUGCUGGAAAAUGAAGGGCCCCGUCACCGGCUGGUGCUGCCCACCGCGCAGCCCUCUGAUGGGGGCGAGUUUCAGUGUGUUGCUGGAGAGGAGCGUGCCUACUUCACUGUCACCAUCACAGAUGUGUCCUCAUGGAUCGUGUACCCCAGCGGCAAGGUGUAUGUGGCAGCCGUGCGCCUGGAGCGCGUGGUGUUGACCUGUGAGCUGUGCCGACCCUGGGCUGAGGUGCGCUGGACCAAGGAUGGUGCGGAGGUGGUAGAGAGUCCAGCACUAGUCCUGCAGAAGGAGGACACCAUCCGCCGCCUGGUGCUGCCCGCCGUCCAGCUUGAGGACUCCGGCGAGUACUUAUGUGAAAUCGAUGACGAGUCAGCCUCCUUCACCGUCACGGUCACAGAGUCUUACCAAAGUCAGGACAGUUCAAAUAACAAUCCGGAGUUAUGCGUCCUCUUGAAAAAGCCGAAGACCCGACGGCUCUGGUCUCGCUUCCCCCCAUGGCGACGAACAGCUGGCACUGAGUAGCAGCUUCCCCAUAUAUGGGCCCCCCUUUCCUCUGUCCUGCCAUCUGCUAUUCCUUUUUUACCUCUUCCCACACUGCUUCAUCCAUUGACUGCCCUGCCUGGCCCCUGUGGGUCUUUUGAGUUUGCGACCCCUGUGUUAAACAAAUAAACACACGAAUAAAUGUGCAGUGA